GAGAGAUACUCCCAAGGAAAAAAACAAUAAGCAAACAAAUUCAAUUUGUUUUUAAAUUGCAAAUCGUUGCUAGAUUAAUAGGCUUGGGCUUCACCUGAUUCAAAUAGGUCAUUCACUUAAAUAAUUAACUGAGGAACGUAGUUGUAGCAAUUGACAUAAAUUAGUGAAAUCCAUGGUUGAAUUUUAAUUUUGCUAACAUAAACAAAAUAAAAAUGAGCAACAGCGAGGACUCACAGCAAUAUCUGAACGAUAUGAUGGUCAAAGAGGAGGAUGAGGCAUCAGGAGACGAAUCGGACAGACAGGAUGGACACGGCAUCAUGUUGCGCGAACAGGAUCGUUUUUUGCCCAUUUGCAAUAUCAUCAAAAUAAUGAAAGUUCCCGUACCGCAGAAUGGAAAAAUAGCCAAGGAUGCCAGGGAGUGUAUACAGGAAUGUGUCUCCGAGUUCAUCUCCUUCAUCAGCAGCGAGGCCAUUGAGCGCAGCGUCGCUGAAAAUCGAAAAACAGUGAAUGGAGACGAUUUGCUGGUGGCUUUCAGCAAUUUGGGAUUUGACAACUAUGUAGAACCUCUCUCCAUUUACUUGCAAAAAUAUCGCGAGUCAAACAAAUCGGAUCGCAAUUUAUUUUUGGACAGCAGCUACAUGCAAAGCGAGGAUGCCAAUGAAUCGGGCAAGCAGUAGCAGACUUUUCUCUAGGGGUUCUUUUUAUUUAAGCUUAAGACCUAAAGAUUUAAGAGAGUACUGUAUUAAAUAAUUUUAUUCCUUCCUUUAUCUUCGUACUACUCUCAGAAUUCUUACACCACCCGCAUAUUUCACCGCAGAUGCAUAUAGCAUAUAGGAAUCGGUCUAGUCAAUCUAUCCAUAUGUCCGUUUGUCUAUUCGGCUAGAUAUUCAUAUUUCGCCUCUUACAAUCACAAAAAAUUAAAUAUAUUUCUAAAUUGAAUUCAAUUUUACGUAAAAAGAGCGCGCUAAAUUUCACUUCUAAUACAUUUUCAAACCACACUUGUAUAGGUUUUUUUUUUAAAUAAACGCAAAAUGUAU